AUGUACUACUUUUGUGAGCUUAUAGGAGAGGACUUCCAAGAGUGUAUCGUAUUCCGAGUAUUUACAAAACCAUACCCGACGUAUGAUGAACAGCCACUACUACCCUUCCGCUCUGGCGGACCUGCUCUUCUCACGGGAUUUCGACUUGCCUUUUCCUACUCCGUUAUAGCGGCAUUCCCUCUCCGACCAUCUCUCCCCGUCGUCACUAUCAUCAUCUCUUGCUUCUCAAUACAGGAAUCCAUCCAAUUCAGACACACUCACAUGGGAUCGGACUUGCUACGGUCGCCGACUAAUCAAGACAUCAGCACGGAGAAAGCCACCCGGUCUUCCUCACCACCGCCACUCCCCGUGGUGACCCCCGCUGUUACUGCUGCUGCUGCUGCUUCUACCGCUCAAGUGGACCCUGAAGAUGACUGGGCUGGUCUCUGCGACCGCCAGGAACGCCGGCGACGACAGAAUCGGCUGAACCAACGAGCAUACCGGAAACGGAAACAAGCCGAACGCAGCGGCAAUAAUGCCCUGGCCAUACGUUCAUCCUCAUCCCACCCACCACCACCAUCACUAGGCACCAACAUUAAGAUUGAGCAAGGCAGCUCAUCAUCGCCACCAUCCUCCUCCUCCUCCCCCUCCUCAGACUCCAACCCCUCCCAGACCCUCACCCGCCGAACCCUAACCAGAGAAGCCUCCAAACCGGAAAACAUCCGGCGGAUAUUCGAGCACUUCGCCCGGGUCGCCUACGAAAGCUACUUCCGCGGCUCUCCCUCAGCCGAUCACCUCCUCACGCUGAGCAAACUGAACGUCUUCCGCGCCUUCAUGACCAACAUGACCGUCCUCGGCUUCGGCAAUCAAACCACCUGGUGUGAUGACGACGAUGCCCUCUCCCUCUUCAACACCUUACCUCCGGAGGCUAUUGAGGAAAAGAAAUUGCCUGUGAGUCUGCGUCCGACAAAGAUCCAGAUGCAGGUGCCGCAUCAUCCGUGGUUGGAUUUUUUCCCGUUGCCGCGUCUCCGGGAUAAUUUGUGCUUGAUGAUCGAUCGGUUUGAUGAUGAUGAACUUUGUCAUGAUGUGAUGGGGUUCUGGGAUAAUGCGUCGGACACGUGUAGUCUGCUGGUGUGGGGAGAGCCGUCGGAUCCGGCGAAUUGGGAGGUCACGGAGCAGUUUUUGAGGAAGUGGCCGUGGGUGUUGAGAGGGUGUCCGGAGUUGUUGAAGAGUACGAAUCGGUGGAGGCAGAAGAGGGGGGAGAAGAUGAUUAUAAGGUAUUUGUAG